CAACUUACCAUCAGCUGUUUUAGUUCCAAAAAACACCACGGGGCCUUUAUGGCGCUGGCAUCUACUGUCUUAGGAUCAGCAAUGGCUCCUCUCACUCUUUAUUUUCCAAGAUCUUUAGAAGGUGCAUCGACUGACCACGGUGCAAGAUGAAAUUCAACUCCAGUGUAUCAUUCUCGAGGAGGAAGAACCGCAAGCGCCAUUUCACAGCACCUUCGCACAUACGUCGGCGGCUCAUGUCUGCUCCUUUGUCCAAGGAGUUGAGACAAAAAUAUAAUGUUCGUUCCAUGCCAAUCCGCAAAGACGAUGAAGUACAGGUUGUACGUGGUCAUUACAAAGGCCAACAAGUUGGAAAAGUAAUCCAAGUUUACCGUAAAAAAUUCGUUGUUUACAUUGAACGAAUUCAGCGUGAAAAAGCCAACAGUGCCAGUGUUUAUGUCGGCAUUGAUCCAUCAAAGACUGUAAUUGUCAAAUUGAAGAUGGACAAAGACCGUAAAAACAUUAUCGACAGGCGAAGCAAGGGACGUGCUGCUGCGCUGGGCAAGGACAAGGGCAAAUACACUGAAGAAACCACCUCUGCUAUGGAAACAUCUUAAACAAUUACUUUUUUAAUAACAACCUUUAAAAAAAUAAACAAACUAAAGUUAA